UUUUCUGGUCAUCACGCGUUUUGGCCUGCACUUUGAACCUUGCCUCGCUUUUCGUGUGAAUAAAGACAGGGAUUUAAGUGCGCCUGUCCGCAUUCCGGUUCGUCCUUCCCCGCCGUCCAAUUGUCCGUCGCACUUUCGAUUCAGAAUCCCGCGGAACUCGCUGCCGUGCACAUCGCAUCGCAUUUCACCAGCUGCGCAAGCAUUUUCGUUCGCUCUCUCCGUUUUCUCCGCGCGCUCCUCUCUAGGAUUCCAUUGAUAAGCAGAGCCCCCUCGACACAAACCCUCCGCCCCCGCUGCCCGUACGACCCCCUUUUUGCGAAAGUGCAAAGCAAAGCAAAGCAAAUCAAUCAAUUAAAAUAGUACGCCAAAAAAGUGCAAGUGCGUGUGUGUUAAUUAAUUUAGUUUGUCGUGUUUAUUAAUUAGCAGUGCAUAGUUUCCGGCGGAAAAACUACUUUUCCGUUAUUUUCGAGCUUCCGUUUGGCGGCCAAUUAGCAAGGGAAGGAUACAAAGAGGAUAAGCCAUCAUGACGCACUGGGAGGAUUUUUACAAUACGCACCUGCCGCCCGCGGAUUUCGAGGACAAUCGCUCGCUUUUAAAGGAAUUCUGUGAAAGGCACAACAAGUUACAGAACCGCAUCGUCCUCGUCACGUCCGGUGGCACCACAGUUCCUCUGGAGCACAACACGGUGAGAUUUGUGGACAACUUCAGUGCUGGAACGCGGGGCUCUGCCUCGGCGGAAUACUUCCUUGACCACGACUACGCCGUGAUCUUCAUGCACCGCCACAAGUCGCUGGAGCCCUUCACCCGGCACUUCACCGGCCAGCAGUUCUUCGACAUGCUGGACAUCGCGGACAACAGCCAGAGCUCAACGAUAGCCAUCAAGCCCGAUUCGGUGGAUGUGUUUGCGCCGGUUUUGGCCAAAUACAAGAUUGCCCGCGAAACGCAGAUGAUCCUGUACGUGAACUUCACGAGCGUCGUGGAUUACAUGUGGCUUUUGAGGGCCGCCUGCGAAUGCCUCGCCGCUUUCGAGGAGCGGGCUGUUCUCUACCUGGCAGCUGCCGUAUCCGAUUUCUACAUACCCGAGGACAUGAUGCCCACCCACAAAAUGCAAUCGGGAGAUGGAGCGCCAACGAUUUCGUUGCAGCUGGUGCCAAAAAUGCUGGCCCCACUCGCCAGCUUGUGGGUUCCUCACGCCUUUGUGGUGUCCUUUAAGCUGGAAACGGACGAAAGCCUAUUGAUUGUGAAGGCACGUGACAGCCUCAACAAAUACAAGCACAAGCUGGUCAUUGCCAAUGUGCUGCAGACACGCAAGCAUCGCGUGGUGUUCGUCACGCCCACAGAUUCCUAUGAGCUGCAUUUGAGCCGCGAGCAGACGCUGCAAGGACUCGAGAUCGAGGAGCCCAUCGUGGCUGAUUUAGUGCAAAAGCACAGCGAGUUCAUCAACAGCGCGCAACAGAGGCAAUGACCGUUAUCAAUGCGCCGCCGGCCACAAACGCAGCAGCAUCUGCAGCAUCAACACCACCAACACCAACACCAACUGGCCACCGGCGACGAGGACGAGGAUGAGGAUGGAGGGGAUCUGGAUCGGGAUCCGUAUUGCGUGACCAGCUCGCAUUAUUGCCGUGUUCUGAACCCGGGCACGCCAAGCUUCGCCCGCAAAUACUGAACAGGUUAUAAUUGUCCAUAGUGAAUACUGAAAUGUGGAUGGCAGCAGACAUUUGCAUAUUCCGUUAACAUUUAGGUUUUAGGUUUGAGUUGAGUUCCCGCCACAAUUUGGUGUAUCUAUUUAUGGUCGCGCCUCAUAAUUGAGGUGGCUCCGCUCGAUUGAAACCAUUAGUACGUUCUCUUGUUGUUGUUAUUUUUGUAUUAGUUAAUGUAUUUCCUUUAUUGUUGUCAUGAGAAAUGAUGUCACUUGUAUGUAUUCGCCGCCAUCCGCCUGGUUCCUUUUUUCUUGCCUUCUUUUGUUUGCCGGCACGUUUAUGUCAUCGAGUAUACGCAGCGUGUUGCGCGGACAUCAAUAAGCGAUUUUGAUUUAUGUUUGUGACAGCGCUUAUGCUGCUCCUCUAUAUAUAUAUUUAAUGAAGCAUCGAUCGAUCGCCCGCAGUCGAAAUUAAAUCCCCUAAACACACGUGUUUAAAGUCCGUAAAGCGAAAUAACGAAAAAGCUGCAUGCAAUCGCAAUUUGCCGGACGAAUCGUCCCUGGGCGAGUGUUGUUGUCUGUGGCAGGCGACGCGACAAUUGAUUUGCUGUUUUGCAUAUACACACACACUCGUAAUGGUGGGGUGGAAAAAAGGAAAAGCUUGGCCCAUCUAAUGUCCUUGUCGGAGGAAAUUUAUGGCGGCUCAAACCUUGGCGCCUGUCUAUCCGAAGCGGGUCAAGUGCCAACGGGCAAAGGUCAGCUUAAAGCACCUCAAAUUGAGUUUGAAAACGGUGUGCAAAACCUAAUUAACAUCCCACACUCACAUACACACACACACACACAGGCAUAGUGAGUUAUUUCUUGGCCCGGCUGAGAUAGGCUGGGGUUCCGUAUCCUCAGGGUCCUUUGCGGACUGCCGCCUUUUGCCACAUUUUUAUUGCAUGUUAUGUCGUUGCCACGCCUCUCGGCCAAACGCCGCCCGCUUAAACGGGUGAAGAAGGGUUGGCGGUGGUUUUGUAUCCUCCUUUCAUGGAGUUGUAACCACUUCCGUCCCGCCCGCAUUUGUGGUUUUAUUUUGCAGCGCAGAACUAUGCAGUGUUUUUCUGUGCCCGGCUGUUUUGUUCUCGUUCGCUUGCGAGCCGAAACGGAGGGAAAAAAUAUAAUUUUUUUUCUGUGCUUCCUGGGGAGGUUGCUUUUGUUUGUGCCUGCAUCAAAUUAAAUUUUAUUGCGCUCACACGCACCGCAAACACACAGACACGGAAAGCAGAUACGAGAACAGCAGAGAAACAAUCACACGUGUGGCUUAGGAUUUAAGCCAGGCUCCGUUUUCCUUUCGUUUUCACUUUCCUGUUGCUCGAUUUUCAUGGCCCCGCCUACGUGCGCCCACAUAUCAAGUCGCCCCCCAUGUGCUUUUCACCCGCCUGCCCCCGCGUAUCGAUUGUGCAUUAAAGUAUAAACAUAAAAAUUCAGUUUGCCAACAUGAGUUGCGUACAAUAAAAUAUGUAUAACUAGCCAAGUGUGCGAACAAGAUGGAACUCUUUGCGACGGGAGUAGCGGAUGCUAUUUGCCUUAAGGGGGGAAAUACAAUUAGAAAUUUUUUUUUUUCGAAAAAUUUUUUUUUGGCUUAAUGUACUCCAAAUAUAUCUGGGAAUAAGCCUUUAAAAGCAUAAAGCCGUCCGGUACUUAUUUUCAGAGUUAUACGCAAUUUAGUGAGGGUGUGUCAUAUGGCGGACAUGCA